AUCUCCAUUCUUCACGCUCUCAAGUCUUUAUCACUAUAGCUUCUUCUCGGUACUCAUGAGAGCUGAAGAUAAUAACACGUUAGAUCUCAAUAACUUACCUGAUGAUACUUCUAAAGACUUCUUCCCGUUCUUUGAAGAAGGCUCCUCUUCCUCUUCUUAUUCUGGAGGGUUUAGAGAGAAACAAAGCAAAGAUGGAAAAGAGUAUGAAUGUAGAUUUUGUUCACUCAAGUUCUUCAAAUCUCAAGCUCUCGGUGGCCACAUGAACCGCCACCGUCAAGAGAGGGAGACGGAGUCACUAAUCAAAGCUCGUGAACUUGUUCUUCGCAACGAUACCUUUCCUUCUCAUCAAGGACCUCCAUCAUUUAGUUACCAUCAAGGAGAUAUGCAUAUAGGAGAGCUAAUAACUCCAUUCAAACCAAUGAUGUAUCCACCAAGAUUGUUUCCUAUCUCUGCCUCUUCCUCCGCCCUUAGGCCGUCGCCACCACCACUUGUGCAACCUUAUCUUUAUCCACCACCGUCUCCUCCACGGUCUUCAUCGUUUCCUCACCGUCACACAAACGACUACUAUUUGCACAACAAUGGUAUCCGCCACCAAACCCUAACUAAUAGCGGUCAUAGUGGUUGCAGUGGUCGUGAACCACCUAACUCGAGUUACACCUUCAUAGGUGCACCGGUGGCUAAUGGCUCUAGAGUUGCUCCUCUUCUUCCUCAGCCUCUACCUCCACAUCAUGGGUUAUAA